CCCCGCAGGAGACACUAUUGUUGAUGAGGAGCCGCGGCGGCGGCGGCUGCUGCACCACCUCGUCGCGGGCCGCCGCUGCUGCCCGCGCGCCGCGCCCCCACCCCGGGUCCCUCCAGUCCGGCUUCGUCACCCGCCGCGGCUCAGGCCUCCCCUCGGGCCCCGAGCAGCCGGGUCCCGCCGCCCAGCACUCCCGACCCGCUGCCCGCGGGCCGCCGUCUCCGGGGCGGCGCGGGGCGGGGGAGGGAACCAUGUCCCAGCGGGUGAGGCGCAAUGGGUCUCCCACGCCCGCCGGCGCCCUCGCGGGUGGUGGCGCGGUCGGCCCGGCCGGGGGCCCCGGGAGCCGCCUGCAGCCCAUGAGGGCGACCGUGCCGUUCCAGCUCAAGCAGCAGCAGCAGCAGCAGCAGCAACAUGGCAGCCCCACGCGGGGCGGCGGCGGCGGCAACAACGGCGGCAACAACGGCGGCUGCGGAGGCGCUUCAGGCCCCUCGGGUGGCGGCGGCGGCGGCGGCGGCGGCCCGCGCACCGCCUCGCGCAGCACCAGCCCCACGCGCGGCGGUGGCGGCGGCGGCGGCGGCGGCGGGAGCGCGGCAGCGGCGGCGGCGGCGCGCACCAGCCCCACGGUGGCCACGCAGACGGGCGCGUCCGUGACGUCCACGCGCGGCACCAGCCCCACGCGCGGCACGGCGCCCGGGCCCCGAAGCAGUCCUCCGCGACCGCAGCCGCCGCCGCCGCCGCCGCCCCUGCUGGGCACCGUGUCGUCGCCCAGCUCGUCGCCCACCCACCUGUGGCCCGGCGAGGUGAGCGCGGCCCCACCGCCCGCCCGUGUCCGCCACCGGAGGAGGUCCCCGGAGCAGGGCCGGCCCUCGGCGGAGAAGAGGAGCCCCAGCGCCCCGGUGUGCAAAGCAGGUGACAAAACACGGCCACCUUCCUCAAGCCCCUCCAGCAUUAUCCGGCGCACUUCUUCCCUGGAUACACUUGCAGCUCCAUACCUUGCUGGGCACUGGCCCCGAGACAGUCGUGGGCAAGCUGCACCCUGCAUGAGGGACAAAGCCACACAGACCGAGAGUACGUGGGCCGAAGAAUAUGCUGAAAAGAAGAAAGGGUCUCAUAAGCGCUCAGCAUCCUGGGGCAGCACCGAACAGCUUAAAGAGAUUGCAAAAUUACGCCAGCAAUUGCAGAGAAGCAAACACAGCAGUCGUCAUCAUCGAGAUAAAGAGAGACAGUCUCCGUUCCAUGGCAACCAUGCAGCUAUUAACCAGAGCCAGGCUCCUGCUCCAAAGAGCACACUUGUGCCCGUCAUCCCCAUCGCCAAGUCGACAGGCUCUCGGUUCCGGAACAGCGUGGAAGGACUGAACCAGGAGAUCGAGAUCAUAAUUAAGGAAACUGGGGAGAAGGAAGAGCAGCUGAUUCCCCAGGAUAUUCCCGAUGGUCACCGUGCACCUCCGCCCCUGGCCCAGAGGAGCAGCAGUACUCGGAGCAUCGACACCCAGACCCCUGGGGGCGCGGACAAGGGGAGCAACAACAGCAGCCGCUCCCAGUCUGUGUCCCCCACCUCCUUCCUCACCAUCUCGAAUGAGGGCAGCGAGGAGAGUCCCUGCUCAGCCGAUGACCUGCUUGCUGAUCCCAGGGAUAAAGAGAAUGGAAACAACUCUCCUUUGCCAAAAUAUGCAACCUCACCAAAACCUAAUAACAGUUACAUGUUCAAAAGGGAACCUCCAGAGGGCUGUGAAAGGGUUAAAGUCUUUGAGGAGUGCUCGCCAAAACAACUUCAUGAAAUUCCAGCCUUUUACUGUCCUGACAAAAACAAGGUGAAUUUCAUUCCUAAAAGUGGCUCUGCUUUCUGCCUCGUGAGCAUCCUCAAGCCGCUUCUCCCCACACCAGAUCUUACCCUCAAGGGCUCUGGUCACAGCCUGACGGUCACCACUGGCAUGACAACCACUCUGCUUCAGCCCAUCUCCAUGGCCUCCCUGUCUGCAAACACAGAGCAGGACAGGGUGUCUCGAGGAACCAGCACAGUCCUGCCAUCCACCUCUCUCCAUGCACCACCAGAACCAAUUGAGGAAGCCGAAGGAUAGGUCCCAGUUCCGGUGCUGGUUCCUGGGAACCCCUGAAGAUCACGUGACUGUGAUGGUAUCGUGUCCUCCUGGUUGGCUGUGAAGUGCUUUGGCUUUUCCAGUGAUGUGUGACACAGAGGCUGCUGGAAGAAUGCGUCCCCUGUGAGUGCUCUGCCCUACGCAUGAAGGCCGCUGCCGCAGUGCUGAAACAUGGAAGGUCUCUUUGCUUUCGGAGGAACAAAACCACAUUUUCAUUUGUUUUCAAAUUAGACUCGUUUAAAAACAAACAUGAAACCUAAUCCCUGAAACACGAUUUCUGAAGGGAGAUGUGAUUGAUGCAGCAAGAAAACCAUCUUUUAUAUAAAGUGACUAUUUUAUAAUACCAAUGUUACAUUUUCUGAAAGUAGCAAACAGGAUGUUGAGAAGAUUUCUUUGGUGGCCUCUGUUUCUUCUUCCCCUUUUCUAGGUGUUGCUUUUCUCAGCUGUUUUCAGCUUCGGGACCAAAGGGAUUGUUGACGUUUCCCCAGCGAUGGUACUCUGAUGACAUUCUCCUCCCAGAUAAGAAUCGAUAGGUAAAUGCAUUGAAACCAAGUGCAUAUAAAAAGAUGAAAAGCAAUAUUCGUACACUAUGUGAUUUAUGUUUUUUGAUGUCAAAAGUUUGUGCUUUGGGUGAAGUAUUUGUACGACUGCUGUUUUCUGCACUAUGCUGCUCACAUCUCAGUGUGUGGUCAGAAAAGAGACAGACUGAAGACAGGCGCUUUAACACGAGGGCUUGGUUCGACAGUCAGUGAGCCAAAAGAAGCCCAAGUGUGGGUCGUUAUCCAGGAGUAUGGCGCCCUCUGGUCUUCUGUGAACGGUGUCCUUUUACCUUGAAUCAUCACUGUAUCAUAGCCCCAAGAGACCCUGAAAUGGCUGUGCAUGGAUUUCCUCCUCUGCUCUCGUGGUGGUGUUGUCUUGUGGAUUUGGUCAGGGUUAGUAGUUUGCCAGGAGUGUAAUCCAUUGAGUAGCAACUGGUAGCCGAAGAGUCCCGAGGAGUAACCUUCUUUGUUAGGGUUGGCACUGAGAUUUGUUGCUCCCAACAUUCUACACACCGGGGGAAGUAGACAAGAGGUUUGGAGCUUAAACAGCGGGUACCUUUGGAAAAUUGAUUCCGUUUUGCAUUGGGGCUCAUCUGAUAACCAUCGCCAGUGUCCCGUGACAGUAUUUAAUUUCUAGGUGUGUGGUUUAAGGAGCCGCUCUUUGGAAGUGAAUUCCAUCAGUGUUGGUAAAGCGUUGUUUAGUACUGUCACACACUAACCUACGCUGCUACAUGCAACAGAGAAGUUUGAAGCCCGAGAGAGUGGGCUACCACUUGGAAGGCUAGUUCCAGUCACUGGUCUCAUCAUUCCUCAAGCCCUCAAGGUGCUAGCAGAGCGUUUCCCAUUUCCAGGUGUUAGUUACCUCCGGGUGUCUGGGCACUUUACCGUAGUAGGCUCUGCCUCAUUUUAACUGGGGAUGUUGUAGGUUAGUCAGAUAAAUUUGAACAUCUGUGUCAAUCCAUCAGGUUUUUGUUGGGAAGACUGAUAAAUUUUGGUACUUUCACCAUCCAAAGCUUCACAUCCUGGGCACUGGCAAAUUGUAGCUUCUAAGUCAGUAAAAAAUCUCUGUUGUUUGGGGUAAAGACUUUUUGGUUGAGGUUUUUUCAGGUUUGGAAGGGGUUUUUUGUACCUUGACUUCUUUUUUUAGUUUUUCUGCCUUGUCAUGCCUUUUGACUUUACUAUUUUUAUCAGUAUCAGAAGUAUAGAAGAAAGGCACCUGGCAGUGAGUUGAGUUGAUCUAAAAGGAGAAGGAAGCAUUUAAAAGCAAGAGUUUUUGUUUUAUUUUGUUUAGAUGGGCUCAUAUUCUGUAGUCCUAGCUGGCAUGGCACUUGCUAUGUGGACCAGGCUGGCCUGGAACUCAGAUCUACCAACCUCUGCCUCCCAAGCACUGAGAUUAAAGGUGUGGGCUACCACACCCUGCUCGUCAUCUUUUAAUCCUGUGGGGUCCCCCCACUUGAAUUCUGUUCAGUUGAUGUUUGUUUUGUUUUUUCUUUAUUGUGCACCGCCUCAUCUCUAGCUUUACAAGUAGAGAGUUCCUCUAAUCGAUUCCUCUCCACUGUGUUGGACUUGUUAGGCAGAUGAUGGACUUCUGCAGUCACACCUGUCCUCGAGGUAACACAGAGGGGCACAGGUCUCAGGCCAGUCUGCUCUUAGAACUUUAGUCUGAGGUUUGGCUGGAAGAAGAUUGUGAAUUUGCAAGUACAUGAAUUGUAUGGUGACCAAACACUUUGAGUUUUGGAGUAAUAGAACCUGAGAUCUGAAGAACAACAAAAAAGGUCUAGGUCCAAAAACAACUCUCCACUGCCAGGGCCAAAGGGCUAAUCUUUAAACAUACGAGCUUUAUUGAAGUCUUAAUCCACCUAGCUGUUUCAUUUAACUCUGAAUUCCCAGGUGGUUGGUUUUACAGAAGGGUCUGCUCUCAGUAGCGUGGGUCCGUGACUGUGGUGGUUCUGUAGAGACUGUACAGUGGUAGAGUAGCUUCCCGGGGAUUGAACCCAGGGCCUCGAGCAUGCUGAGCAAGUACUGUCCCUAAAUUCCUAACUAAAAAGACUUCCAUUGCAGUAAAAGUGGGUGGCAUGUAGUUUUUGGCCAAAGGAGCUGUUCCCUAGUUAUUUGUCUGUCUGUCUGUCUGUCUUUACCCUCAAGCUGUUCUGUCCUGCCAUGGUAAAUGUGCAGGUUUACUGUCUCUGAGACAGUAAGUCUGUUGCUUAUCAUUGCUCCAUGGCAGUCGUGUUUUUAAAAAUAGUUUUGCUUUCUUUGGUUAAAUAUGGUGUCAAAAUAUGAAUGUCAAAAGUUCUUUCUAUACCAGAUUCUUCAUUUUGUUUACAGUGUUUCUUAGACGAUAGGACCAUAACCAGAUCUGCCUCUGAGAGGAUGCAGUUGCUGACUGGGGUGUAUCUGGACACAGGGAAAGGCUGCUUGUUUUUAUUUUUAUUGUUUAUGUUUUGAUUAAAGAAACAGUUGGCUUUUCAUAGAAGAAGGUAUAAAAAAAAAUGGCAGAAUGUACAGCUUUCUCUGUGUCUGGGAUUAGAACUGAGACGUUAAGGUUUUCUUUGAAGGAAACGAAAUUCAAAUUGUCACUACUAAAUCUGUAAAGUUGAGAUUCAGUCCUUAAUGUUGGGUUUGGGGUGUGUCAAAACUGGACCAAUGAAAGUGCUGAAUUUGCAAGAUAAAGCCAAGAUACUUAACUGCACUUUAAGGCUUCUGGGCACUCUGCCUUCGUUAGCUAGCGACUGACCGCCCCGCAGAGUGGCUCUGAACAGUGUUUUGUUUAUACAGUCCUGUUGCAGAUAUAUAAUUUAUGUUUUUUAAACUCCGCAUCUUUGUCUCUGUUGGCGUCGAUCUUUUUUAAUGCAGUUUUUUAAAGUUAUAACACAAUUCCCCCGAAAGCAGCAUUUCCAGCGGUGGUAAGUGGUGAUGUUGUGGACUGUGUUCCUGCAGCAAGCGAUGCCUGCUGUCUCACAGGAAGUAGAACGCCCGCGUUCAAUAAAGUCUGUUGUUCUUGA